AUGACUACCAAAACCAAUCAGUCCCAUGCUGGCUACCAGCAUGUGCAGAACUCAGGCGUCCCCGAGUACAUCCCGCAUGAUCAAAAGAGUCCAGGUCCAUACUCACACGGCCAACAAUAUGAGUUCAACCACUCCUCCGAAGAGAAAAGCAGUCAUAUCUACUACUCUACCAGUCCAGGAGACGGCACGCCCUACUCAACCACGCCGGCUCGCACGUACUCCCCGGGUGAGAAGAUGGGUGAUGCCUAUGAACUGCUUUCGUACCCAAACUCCAACAUGAACUUCCGCCGCACAUCGACGUUUUCCAAAGAGAAGCCUAAGAAAGUGUUGCAAAAAGGGUUCGGGUUUGCUGCCUACCUCAUCCACAUCAUCACGCUCGGCAUCUCGGCCGCCGUCCUCCAACUCAGCUUCCGCUUCGUUUACUGGUCCGACGAUGACAAGUGGAACGAGAACAGAUGGACGCUUGGUUUAAGUCAGGAGGAGGUGUCCAACAUGCUGCAGUUUCCUGCCAAGAUCCAUGAGAUCUUCAUCGUUACUUCCAUGUCGGCUAUUAUCUUCGCCAUUAUUCGCAGGAUGCUCAUUGGGCGCCGAGGUGUUCCCUUUGGCCUACUCAUGGGCGGCUAUCAGAUCUAUUCGGCUGAGUACCUGUUCAGCUCGGGCUUUUGGGGCCCCUUGACUUAUGCAAUGUGGAAGAAGAAAAUAGGCAUGCUGGCGCUCAGUGCUUUCAUUGGUAUUGCAAUCGUCUAUGCCAACGUCGUUGGUCCAUGCUCAGCUGUUCUCGUCGUACCAAGCCUGAAAUGGUGGCAUGUCCCGGAUCCUUUCGAUAGUCGCCUUCUUACCUCAUAUGUCACUGGACCUGCGACGAACGUGUUUCCUACGGAACUCACCUCGGCCGACGCUACGUGGUACAGUGAUGACUGUUCAACAUCUAACUUGACCUCGGUGUGCCCUGGAGGGGGCACUCACGAUAUCCGUGAGUUGGCGCACGCUUACGCAAAAGAAGGGGUCCCGCCUACCAUCAGCAUGGCCGCGACUUAUGGUCGAGCUCGAAGGAACCUGUGGGCAACUCAUUUCAAAGAUACCGCCAGUGUGAACAGUAGCUCUGUCGUCAUGGCAUCUACAGUACAUGCUGACAUAAUCGAACUGGUUGGCCUUUUCUGGCAUUACGUUAACUCCAAUGACGGUAUCGGUUUGAUCAAUGAAAUUGGACGGCCCCGGCUCACACCCAGGAAGGGUGACAAAAUCUUCAGUCCAAUUGUUCAGGUCCAGUGCGAAUCUGUUGACUACUACCUGGCUCGUGAGGGGUCCGUAAACGUAACCUUUCCAAUGCAUCUACUCGACGGCUUCACCCCUACCCCGGAUAUGGCUCCCGGCGCAUUCGCGCCUCCCGUGCCUGCCAUGUAUUGGGAUUUCGACCAUGCCUACAAUUCCACCAACUUCACCUGGAUCGAUCUGCAAAACAUGGAAUGGGAGGGGCAGAAAUUGUAUAGUAGCAUCGCAGCUUUGACAAGCCUUCCUUAUAUCACGCCCUAUACCAAUGACGAGGGGUUGGUUUGGUUUGAACAAUCAUCGUUGUUAGUGACCUGUGUGCUAGACGCACGCUGGGCGGGAACGGAGAUCGCAUACGACCCCGUAGUGAAUGAUCUCGUCAUAACCAACAUCACCAACCUUCUCAAUUUCCAGGAUGCUUCCAAAGAUGAAAAGGUUCGGGCAAAGUAUGGAAUUGGGUCAUAUAUCCCCAUCGGCCCCCCGUGGGCGGAUUUGCUCAACCCCGCAGGCAUAUGGUCUUGGUCCAAGAACUACACCGAACUCAACGAACUACCAGCUAUUGAGGCCAUCUUCUCCCAGUUUACCACCUCUGGGUAUGCUAAUAUAACCGUCUCUGGUCAAGACCCAUCCGAUAUCCGCGAAGACACUUUCCGUGUCUUCGGCCCACCGACGUGGGGUGCAUUGGCGACGUACGAAAAGCAUGUCUCCGAAACUGUCUCAACAAUGCUGAGCCUCGUGCUAGCCGAUGGCCUGUCACGUCUCUCAUAUGACUGGUACAUUUAUGUCACCAUGCUUGAAGACUCGAACCCCAAUAAACUCGUCUCGGUUGACCUUUACACCCAAGCCGGUGAGGCUAAUAUCACCAGACUGUAUUCCAACCGAACAGCGUGGGACCUGGACAACUGGGUCACUCUCACCUUCGAGGUGCAGCGGUAUGGCUGGGGCUACGGGAUCUCGUCCAAGACGGUCAUUUUCGCCAUUUCCAUCAUCUUGUUGCAUGCCGCGGUGGCCAUCAGCUACGUUAUAUUUGGCAUCUGGCACUGGGCGCGUAGCCGGUGGUACAGCAGCUCAUGGGGAAGCAUCGGAGAGCUGGUGGCGUUGGCAACAUUGUCUCGCGAGACUCGGGGGCUUUAUGGAACUGGAGGUGGUAUUUCGAAGUGGGAUACGUGGAAGUUGGAUGUAAGAAUCAGAGAGACGGGGACAGAACGGGUCGAGCUCUUAUUCGGAGACAGAGAUGGCGUGAAGGCUUGGGGUGACCAUAAUAUUAUUCAGCCUGGCAGGAAGUAUAGGUAG